AUGGUUCUCUCCGAACCUUCGAACACGCCCUAUGCUCGGCUAGGCGCCAUAGAUGCCCCUACCGAUACUGUGAAUGCAUUGGCAUUCUCAGUGGAUGGUUGUUUCUUGGCGAGUGCAGGAGAUGAUAGGCGGGUACGUGUAUACGACAUGGACCGUGGGUUUUCGACAUCCUGGGAGCACGAAGGCUCGUGUGCUUUUACUGCUGUUGCAUGGAGAGACAGUGUUCUAUUCGUGGGUAACAUGGACGGCGAAAUAAUAACCUUUCAUCCAACCAAGGAACAGAAGUGGAUCUACCGACGAAAGAGUGAAGUCCUCUACAAGACCAAUACACCUAUCGAAUGUCUGGAAUUCGAUAACCACGGGAACCACCUUCUUGUUUGCUCUGGUGCCGACGUACUUCUUUUUAAAAAUAGUUCUAGAAAGUGGCAUUAUCAGGAUCAUCUGCCUCGCCCCGGUCCAUUCGGAGAAACCGAGAAUUACAGCCGCCCGCCAAUCCUGGCAACGGGUGCUUAUUUUUUGGGAGAUGAUGAUUGUCUCUUAGCAUAUCUUCACGACGGAUUCUGGAAGUUUAAAUUUGAUGCCUGGGAGAAUCGUAGGAGUUGGGGGCCAGAGGAAAAAAUAGCGGCUAUGGCGAAAUCUCCGGACUCAACAGCCGUAGUGACGACAAACAUAUUCAACGGCCUUAGUUGGUUCAGGAGUACACCUGAAAACGUCAAGAAAAUGGGUACAUCUGUUGACGUUCAACCACCCCCACAGAACAUUCCACUUCCGGUUUUGUUUAUCAAUAAAGGACAAGCGACGAUAAUGGGGACGACCAAAGGUUACGUUGCAAUGUUCGAAGCGAAACGUGGUAAAAGGAUACAAGCUUUGAAGCAUGGGGGAGACGAAAUAUGGGUGACCGCUCUAGCCUAUGUCGAGCUGGCGGGUCGUCGUAGAGUCAUCGCUUCGGGUGAAGGAAAUUGCGGACAACGUACAAAGAUUGUUAUAUGGACUCAAGAUGAAGCUGAUGGACCUAGUAAACAACAAAAAACAUCGAAGCUUUGGGGUGUUCUAUCGAGAUUUAUCAAAUUUACUACGACUGUGGGGCAUAUGAUUCUCAUACUGAUGGGUGUGAUAUUUGCGAUGUCGUGGUUAUUAUCUGCACAAUGGAGAGAAAAAGAAUCGGCAAACUUUCUACAAUACCUCGGAAGGUCGUUCGUUCCUCCACCUCCUCCUCCUCCACCUCCUGUCGUUCCUUCUGCUACACCACAAUCGCCAUCAUUGACAAAGCUCAAAGAAUUAUUGAUUAGUUUGGAGGAUCUUUUGGUACGUGUUGAUCUCUCAAUCAGCAUACAGACAAACUGA